ACAGACGCUGGUGGAUGGUGUUUACGAAACAAACAUGGAUGACGCAGUGCAGCAGUCGGAGAAGAAGAACUGCACUUUUUUAUUUAAAAGGCGCAAAAUCCGGAGCAACGCUACAAGAAAACGGAAAGAGGCAGACAGCAAUGACGAAAGCAGCGAGGAUGAGACCAUGGUGGUUAAGAAGGAAAAGAAACAAGAUGAUAACAAUCCUUUGAUACAAAGUACAAAUGUGAAGAAACAACAAGAAAAGACUAGUUAUGGUAAUGAUAGCGAGGAUGACAGUGUGACUGUUUCGUACAAAAGCAGCAGGACUGCUCUACUAGCUGGUCCAAGUGAUCAAGGAGCAACAGCUAUCCUAGAAACAGAAACAGAGAAAGAUAGGGAUGCUCAAGCACUAUUUGAGAAAGCUCAGAAGAUAAAUGAGGAACUAGAAGGAAAGGAGGAUGACAAGAUUUACAGAGGCUUGAAUAAUUAUGUACAAUAUUAUAAGAAACAAGAUACAGCAGCAGGAAAUGCAUCUAGUGGAAUGGUACGCAAAGGACCGAUCAGAGCACCAUCUAAUCUCAGGGCAACAGUGAGAUGGGAUUAUCAACCUGAUAUAUGCAAAGAUUACAAGGAAACUGGUUUUUGUGGUUUUGGAGAUAGCUGCAAGUUUCUUCACGACCGCUCAGAUUACAAAUUGGGAUGGCAAUUGGAAAGAGAAGCUGCCAGUGGAGAAUACAACAGUGGAGAUGAGGAUGAGAAGAAGUACGAGAUUGACAGUGACGAAGAUAACCUGCCGUUCAAAUGUUUUAUUUGUCGAGAGAGUUUCACAGAUCCUGUUGUAACAAAGUGCAAGCAUUACUUCUGCGAAAAAUGUGCUUUGGAGCACUACAGAAAGAGUACACGAUGUUACAUUUGCAAUGUUCAAACUAACGGUACUUUUAAUCCAGCGAAAGAACUCAUUGCUCGAACGAAAUUGGAGGAUAAAGAACAGCCGGCCGCAACAAGUGAGGACUCCAGUGAUGAUUAAUAAAAUUAAUUCCAGUCUUCACACAUAAAUAUAGCGAUUCUGUCAUCAUACAUGUGAUAUCUAAUACACAUGUUAUAAACCGUAAUAAUUUUGACACACAAAUUGCCUCAGGCGGAUCAUCGACAUUAUUGUAGUUUCCGCAGAAUGAUAAACGGUGAGUGAACGAUCCGGCAACUUCCAGACGAUAUUUCGGCGCUUUUCCUUUCAACUUGGCAAUGUCUUUCGCGGAAAAGCGUCGAAUUUGUAUCAUAAGUGCUUCGGACCAAUAAAAACACCGACAUGCGUAUCCUCUACGUGACGAGCAUUA